CUGAGCGGAAGGCAGACGCUUAACCGACUGAGCCACCCAGGCGCCCCGAAAUUCAUUUCUUUUUAGAUUUAUUGGGCAAGUUCCACUUUGUGUCAAGUACAACCCUCUCAAAAGCUUAAUGUACACGAGAUUGGGGCACCAAGAAGAAGUGGGGGAAAGGGAGUCAUUGGUUAUCCUGUUCCAGCUCCUGUGUCUUCACGAGUGUGACUUGGGACACACCCCCGAGGUGCCAGAGUGGCGAGUGUGUGCCAGGGUGUCCUUGCUAGGGGGCAGACGCUGGUGGGAAAUGCCGUGCUACUGACCAGCACCUGCCCAUGUGGAAAUGAAUUGAAGGAAGAGGAAAGGUAGAAGAAAGCAGAAGUAGGCAUUUGACAUUAAGAGCAGUUAAAAUGUAAAGUUGGAAUUGAUGUGAUAUCUACACUUAGGCUCAGGUAGGAUCCGAUCCAGAUGCCUGUGUGUCCCUCACCUCCAGGUUAGUGAAUUCUCUCUUCCGCUGGGUCUCUUUGGUGCCACCUUGUGGUAGGCCGAGUGCCGUGCAGUUUGCGUUUCCCCCUGGCUCCUAGUUGUUUCUUUUCUGAAAAGUCUUCCAAUGCAAGGCGAGGAAAUUUGGGGCCGGAGGUGGCCUGCAGGCAGGCUGGAUGCUGCGCUCUCUCGUGGGACGUGUCCGCUGCAGACGCAUCGGCUCUCCCACACCUGCAGCCCUUGGAUUCAAGCCCUGCAGCGGAAUGCUCUGGAGAGGCUUCUCCGGACCUUCCCUGAUGGAGGAUCUCCAUGAAGCAAAUGGCAGGUUUGCCAUCAACUUAUUAAAAAUGUUGGGUGAAGAGGACAGCUCCCGAAAUGUGUUCUUUUCCCCUCUGAGCAUCUCUUCUGCCCUGGCCAUGGUCUUCAUGGGGGCCAAAGGAAACACCGCCACCCAGAUGUCCCAGGCGCUUUGUUUGAACAGAGACAGAGAUAUUCACCAAGGUUUCUGGUCACUUCUCACGGAGGUUAACAAAUCUUGCACUCAGUACUUGCUCAGAACUGCCAACAGACUCUUUGGAGAGAAGACAUGUGAUUUCCUUCCUCCCUUUAGGGAAUCCUGCCAGAAGUUCUACGAGGCCGAGCUGGAAGAGCUGUCCUUUGCUGAAGACACGGAAGAAUGCCGGAGGCACAUAAACGACUGGGUGACGGAGCGGACGGAGGGAGGACGGCCUCACCCAUUUAUAGGUAAGAUUUCGGAGAUCCUGGGUGCUGGGACAGUUGAUCCACUGACUAAGCUGGUCCUCGUGAAUGCCAUCUAUUUCAAAGGAAAGUGGAAUGAGCAGUUUGACAGAAAGUACACAAGGGGGAUGCCCUUCACAAUCAACCAGGAGAAAAAGACCGUGCAGAUGAUGUUUAAGCUCGCUAAAUUUAACCUGGGUUAUGUGGAUGAGGUGCACGCUCAGGUGCUGGAGCUGCCAUACGCGGGGCAGGAGCUGAGCAUGGUCAUCGUGCUUCCGGAUGACAACGCCGAUCUCGCCGUGGUGGAAAAAGCACUAACAUACGAGAAGUUCAGAGCCUGGACAAAUCCAGAAAAGAUGACUAAGGAUAAAGUUCAAGUUUUCCUUCCCCGAUUGAAGCUGGAGGAGAGUUAUGACUUGGAGUCUUUUCUUCGAAGUUUAGGUAUGACUGAUGCGUUUGAGGAAGCCAAGGCAGACUUUUCUGGAAUGUCGGCGAAGAAGAAUGUGCCUGUGUCCAAGGUGGCACACAAGUGCUUUGUAGAGGUGAAUGAAGAGGGCACUGAGGCGGCGGGGGCCACAGCCGUGGUCAGGAAUGCUCGGUGCAGCAGACCCGAACCAAGAUUUUGUGCAGACCACCCUUUCCUUUUCUUUAUCACACACCACAACACCAAGAGCAUUUUGUUCUGUGGCAGGUUCUGCUCCCCAUAAGGAGGUGCACUUGCUGUAAACACACUCCUUUCGCUUCUGCCCACCUGCCUUAGUGCAGAUUCCUGUGACCAAACUGGUGUGAUGGUUUGAAUGCCCAAAUAAAGCGUGUGUGCCUGGGAA